AUGUGUCGCAACUUUUUUAUUGGUUGUCUAGCGAGUUUGAUAGCAUUUUCUCUAUUUGCUGAUGUGUUAGCAAAUGCAGAAGAACAUUUUCGCAAUCCAUCAGAAACCGAAAAUGGCAAUUGUAGGACAAAGGGAACAAUUGGAGAUCAGUGCAAGGAGUGUGAUAUCCAGAAUCACUAUUAUAUGGAUCCUGUGAAAAAAUCUUGUUAUUAUACUGUUACCACCGAUUACCAAUACACUUUCAACCUAUCCAAGAGAGAAGACAUCCAUUUUAGCCAGAUCAACUUCAUGAAUAGCCCGCCCAAAGAAUACGACGCAGAUUUUGCUAUAACUUGCUCCCUACCAGCGAAAAUAAAUAUAACUGCCAAGACGAAAAAGUCCGAGGAAAAGCUGGUAUAUGAAAAUUACAAUUGUUCUACCACUUGCACUGGACUGAAAUUUCCCAGGUCACUGUAUGAAUUUGAAGGUGAAGAUGGUACACCUCAAACAACGUUUUUUGUGAACGUUUAUGAUUUCAAACCACCCCUUUGGAUAAGGGUAUCUUUCAGUCAGUACCCCGUUCUGAAUUUGGCGAGGUACAAUAUAACUGUUGCAACACUGGGUACCACGACAGGGACUAUCCAUGAUGGUUCAGGCAACUACUCACUCACCAGCAAAUGUAGCUGGCUGAUAGAUGCCCCAAAUUCUACCAUCACCCUCCACAUUGAAGAGUUUGCCACUGAGUGUGGCUGGGAUCAUCUGUACGUUUACGAUGGUGACAGCGUCGACUCGCCACUGUUGGCCGUUUUCAGUGGACUGAUGUACAAGGAUGCCUAUGCAAUCAGGAGGAUACCAGAAGUGACGGCGCAGAGCGGCGCCGCUUUGAUACAUUUUUUCAGCGACGACGCCUACAAUAUGUCUGGGUUCAACAUCACUUAUCGGAUCAACUCCUGUCCGUCCACAAUCUCCCAUCUGAAUUGUUCGGGGCACGGGGUGUGCUUGGAGGGUGGUUGCAGCUGCGACGGCGGUUGGGGCGGCGCCGCCUGCCACCUGCGAGACUGCCCAGACAACUGCGGGACUUCCGACGAGAGGGGCAGCUGCGAGCCGGAGAAGGGCUGUCUGUGCUACGCCGACUACAAGGGAGCCGAUUGCGGGCAACUCAAAAGCGAAGGGUAUUGGGAGACGGUAGACGUACCGGGAUUCACCCCGAAUGGGAGCGCCUCCCACGGAGCGGCGGUGUGGAGGGAUUCGAUGUACGUCAUAGCAGGGGAGAGCUACAACAGAGGGUAUAUGAUGUCCGUUUAUGAUUUUAAUGGCAACAUAUGGGAGACCCAUCACUACCAAGACAGCCCAUCGCCGCGCUACGGCCAUUCCACCGUCAUCUACGGCGACAAGAUCUUCUUGUAUGGCGGCGUGUUGGGCAACCGAGGCCCCACCUCCGAGUUGUGGGCCUUCGACAUCAACGCCAAGACUUGGGAGAACGUAACCGUAAAGGCGGACAGCUGCAACGGCAGCUUCCUCAUGUGCGGUCCUCUGAAGUCCGUGGGGCAUACGGCCACCGUCGUCAUCAAUAACAUCAACAAGAAAGUCGACAGGAUGAUCGUGAUAUUCGGCCACUCGCCCCACUUGGGCUACCUGAACGCCGUCCAAGAGUACUACUUCGGCACGCGGGAGUGGUACAUCAUCAACACGAAGGGCUAUCCAGUGAAGGGCGGGUACGGGCACACGGCCAGCUGGGAUCCUCUCACAGCCAAGAUAUACGUGUACGGCGGGGUGGUGUCUGAAAGCGAGUCGUCGCAGUACUUGAGCAGGAAUCUGUACUCGUACGAGCCCAACGAGCGGAUUUGGACUCUGCUCGCUGACGCUCCUUCUGCCAGGUUUCUGCAUACGUCGACCUUCGUCUCCGAAGGCCUGAUGCUGGUGUUCGGCGGCAACACGCACAACGACACGUCGCACAGCUUCGGCGCCAAGUGCUACAGCAACGAGUUGCUCGCCUACGACGUGCUGUGCGACACGUGGAGCACCAUGGCCGUGCCCAUCGACUUGUACGCAGAUCUGGCCCGGUACGGCCAUUCGGCGGCAGUUUUCGAGGGCAGUUUGUACAUCUACGGAGGCUUCGACGGCCAAAUGUUGUCCGAUAUGCUGAGGUACACACCGGGGGAUUGCGGUUUGGGCAGCGAGAGCGCUUGCUUGAACAGCAAGUCGGGCGUGAAGUGCGUUUGGGACUCGAAGUCGGGAAGUUGUCGGUCUGUGCAGCACGUUGCUCGGGAAUUGGUGCUGAGGAAAGAGGAAACGCACAUAAACAGGUGUCCCAAGUUGAACCGAUCUGCUGCCACCACCACCAUAAUUCACAAUACAAAAAAAUGCGAAGAAAUGGAGGAUUGCUUGAGUUGUGUCCAGACAACCAGCGGAUGCGUAUGGUGCGGCAAUUCUUGUAACAUAAACAAGAAGUGCUCGAAAGUCAUCGGCAAUGCCACCGAGCCGAAUCCCAUUUCCAAACUCGGAGAGUGUCCCAUCGAUUCGUCGCCGAUCUGCCGGCAGCUGCACACGUGCAGAGCGUGCACGUCGCAGCCGUUCUGCAGAUGGCGCUUCGAGCACGCCAAAUGCGGGCCGCAUCUCGCCCACACGAACGCCACCGUCGAGGCGGCGGAACCGAUCCAGUGUCAGAGCGUCUGCUCAGAGUUCAACUCGUGUCUGAACUGUACGCAGGAGGAGUGCAUCUGGUGCCAGAACGAGGGCAGGUGUGUGGACAAGAACGCGUACACGUCGAGUUUCCCCUACGGCCAAUGCAGAGAAUGGACGACGGUACACACGAAAUGCCGGACUAGAGGCAGCGACGAGAACUCGCAGUGCGGCUUCUACAAGACCUGCGCCAAAUGCCGCGACGAUCCGGCUUGUGGUUGGUGCGAUGACGGUUCCAGGACCGGAUUGGGCACUUGCAUGCCCGGAGGAUAUGCCGGUCCCACCCUGCACACCAGAUCUCUACCUUCUUCGACGUGCCCUCCGGAGCGCUGGCAUUUCACCACGUGUCCGAAAUGUCAGUGCAACGGCCAUGCCAGCUGCGUGGACAACACUUCCACCUGCAUGCCGUGCGGUAAUUUGACCACCGGCCAUCAUUGCGAGUUUUGUAUGAAGGGCUUCUGGGGCAAUCCGGUGAACGGGGGCAAAUGUGCUCCGUGCCAGUGCAACAAGCAGGCGGACGAAUGCCAUCGAGAGACCGGCAAGUGUUUCUGCACCACCAAAGGCAUCAUCGGGGACCAGUGCGAAAAGUGCGACACCGCCAAUCAUUACCAGCCCGAUCCGAACAACAAGUCUUGUUAUUACGACUUGACCAUCGAUUACCAAUUCACGUUCAACCUGUCGAAGAAGGAGGACCGCCACUACACCCAAAUCAACUUCCGCAACUCCCCGAUCAAGGCCGACAUCGAUGCCGAUUUCCUCAUCACGUGCUCGGUUCUGGCGAAAAUGAACAUCACCGUUCGCACGGACAACGCCGAAGAGAAACUCAUCCACGAAAACUACAAUUGCACGACGGUGCGCUCCAAGUUUUCCAAAUCGUUGUACAAAUUCGGCGGAGAGGAUAACGUCACGCAGACCACGUUCUACGUGUACGUGUACGAUUUCCAGCCGCCAUUGUGGAUCCAGAUUUCCUUCAGCCAGUAUCCCAAGCUGAAUCUGCAACAGUUUUUCAUCACAUUCUCAUCGUGCUUCUUGAUGCUGCUGCUGGUGGCGGCCAUCUUGUGGAAAAUCAAGCAACGGUACGACAUGUACCGACGCAGACAACGACUUUUCGUCGAGAUGGAGCAAAUGGCGUCGCGGCCCUUUUCGCAGGUGCUGGUCGAGAUGGAGGUGAAAGAGACGAAGAAGCCCUCGGCGGAAGACGCCAAAGACGGAGGCGAGUCGAAGGGCAGGAAGCGAGGGGCGGCCGACGCGCCCAGUCCCAUCGCCCUCGAGCCCUGUUACGGAUCCAGGGCGGCCGUGUUGAGUUUGUUGGUGCGGUUGCCCACAGGGGGCGAGCCCUACAUCGGCAAAGGUCAGUCUGCCGGACUGGCGAUUGCCAGCGCUCUGGUAACGUUAGGCAACCCGAGGAAAAUGAGCAUCGACCAGGUGAAGACGGAAACGAAGGGCGGUAAGUUGCGGAAGUCUCAGAGUCAACAUCCGGACAGUUGUCUCUGA